CUUGUAGCUUUGCCUUGGCCUCUCCACUGCAUUCCUCUGUGCUCUGGUCUGCUGCCGCCCGCUGCCCUACCCUAUCUUUGCUACUCAGCUCCUCCCUUUGGUGGCAUUCACCAGCUCCGCCUCCGUCUCCUCGGCCUACAAUGUUGCACUCCAAAUCCAAAUCCAGCUCCUCCGAGGCUUCGAAUGGCAAGGCUACACCACCGACCCCCAAGGUUACCAAAACAACUAGAAAUGGUUCUUCCAAGUCGGACUCUGGAUCGCCAUCUCCCAUGGCGAAGUCAUCCUCUCCCCUGCCAAAGUCAUCCUCGCCGGUGCCAAAGCUGCGUUCUUCGAUUGAGCGAUCACCAAAAUCAGCAGAGUCGAAGCCACCGACACCGCCUAUCAAAAGCGGUACAAUUCCUGAAAAACAAAAAAGGGCAUCGAAGGAUUCAGAGCUGCAGUUGAAGUUGGUAGUUGUUGAGGAAGACUUGAGGACAGCAAGGGAGCAGUUGGCUUUUAAGGAGAAGGAGAAGAUUGAUGCCAUUAAAGAGCUGGAAGAAGCUAAGAGAUUGGCUGAUGAGGUAAAUGAGAAGCUCCAAGAGGCAAUUGCUGCUAAGAACAAGGUUGAUGAGAGCUUGGAGAUUGAGAAAUUCCGUGCUGAUGAACUGGAGCAAGCAGCUAUUGCAGCUUCACAAAAAAGGGAGAAUGAGUUUCAAAGUGAACUCGAAAGCAUUCAAAAGCGACAUACGAUGGAUGCCUCGGCGCUGCUUCGUGUGACUCAAGAACUCCAGAAGCUGAAGCUUGAACUUGAGAAUGCCAUUGGUGAGAAGAAGUCUGCCUUGAGCGAAGCGAAUAACGCAAAGAAAACUGCUGAAAUGAAUGGAGAGAAGAUGGAGGUGUUGGCGAGAGAAGUGAGCCAUUUAAAGUCCUUGCUCGAUUCCAAGCUGGAUGAUGUGAACAAAGAAGCUGCAGAGAUGAUUAAGAAGUUGAAUGCUGAAAUUGGUGUUUUGCAACUUGAACUUGAAAGAGCGAAGUCAGCUGAAGAGAGAUUACGGGAGAUGGAAGCAUUGGUUGAACGACUUAAAAUGGAGUUGACUGAUGCAAAAAAGACUGAAUCAGAUACAUUUAAGCAAGUUGAUGAGUUGGCAAAGGAGGUAGCAUAUUUAAAAAAUAGGCUAAAUGAAUCCUAUCAGUCUGAGAAAUAUGCAAUUGAAUCUCUUGCGAUCACAAAGAAAAAAAUGGAAGAGGGCACAGCAUUGUUGCAAGAUGCUGAAACUGAAAUUGCUGUUCUUAAAGGGAAGAUGGAAUCUAUGGAGAUUGAGGUGGCAAGCUACAAAAUGGAUCUCAAAGAAUCAGAUAAGAAGCUUGGUUUAUCACAGCAAGAAACAAUAACCUUGGGGAAGACAGUUGAGCUAUUAAAAACUGAGCUUGCAAAAGUGGAAGAACAGAGGUCACAAGCACUUGACAAUUACAAUGUUUCUGCUUCAGAAAUUGAGAGGCUGUCGGUGGAGAAGAGUAAACUCACUGACGAGCUUAAUGCCUGCAAAGAUGAAGGAGAAAACAUCAAAAAAGCAAUGGAAGGUUUAGCUGCAGCAUUGCAUGAAAUGUCUACUGAAUCCCGAGAAAAUCAAGAAAAGCUUUUGUCACAGCAAUCUGAAAUCGAAGAUUAUAAGUUUCAGACUGAGCAAUUAAAUUCAGAAAUCAAAAACACUGAAGAAAGGUAUGAAGUCAUGCUUGAUGAAGCAAGAUAUGAAAUUGUGUGCCUCAAGAAAAAUGUUGAAAGAUUUGAAACUGAAAAUAGCAAUUUCAGCACUGAGUGGGGAACAAAGGAACUUAAUUUUAUUAAUGCUAUCAAGAAAUCAGAAGAUGAAAUUGCUUCGCUCAAGGUCGGGAUGGAAAAAGUGGUUGAUUUACUCAAAUUAGCAGAGCAAGAAGCUCAAGCAGCAAAGGCAGAUGGGGUGGAGUUGUUAAACAAACUGGCACAAGCUGAAUCUGCUGCUGCUACAGCUUACAAAAUGGUAGAAGAAGUAAAGGCUGAUACUUUAUGA